AACACAACUGAUUUUGCUAGCUAAUAUGGGCUAAUGUUUGCUGGGACCAAAGAUGAACUGAAACUAACUGAAUCAAGAUAGUGAACUGUUCGGGACUUCCGUGUUUGCAUUGGCCGCCGUUCCGGCCAAAAUUGACUUCUGCCCGUCCUGUAACUGACUAGUAAUGGAUAAGAGAAGAGGCGGUAAUGAUGAUGAAUCUCCGCGGCAGAAUGGCGCUCCUGCCGUCCGAAGAAAAGGAGACCAACAGCAAAGUGACGGAGGCGACGGGGGCCUCGGCCCAGCUGACCUGCACGACGAGGACAAUGACCCGGGACUCAGAAGAGAGAUACGGAGCAAGUACAGAGACCUCAUCAACUCAGUGCAACAGAAUAGGGAAGAUAUGCUGAGUCCCUCCAACAACAGGCUGACAGAAGUUUUAGAAGAGGCAAACAAACUUUUUAAAGAUGUCCGGCAGGCAAGAGAAGCAGCUCUGGAUGCCCAGCUCCUUGUAGUGGCCACAGACCUGGGAAAGGAGAAAGCGAGCCAACUUUUUGCUGAGGGCACUGCUUUCGAUCCCAGUGCUUUUGCUGAGCAUCUUCUGUCCUUCAUGGGUCUCAACCGACUAGAAGAUGGGGAGGACGAGCAGCAGAACGGAGCUGAUGGCUACCUGCCGCAGGAUGCUUGGCACAGAGUGGCCAGGAGAGCAGAGUGCUGCUUCAGGACAGCACCUUCCUUCCAUUACAUGAUGGGAUCGUUCCAUGCAGAGCCGCCUCCACCAAAGCAAAGGAUAGAACGGCAAAGGAAAGCACCUGGCAAAGAAGCCAAAAGGAUAAUGCCUACUCAGCUAAAGAAAAUGGAAGGCUCCCAUCAAGAGGCGACAGAGAAAGAGGUGGAAAGGAUCCUGGGAUACCUGAAAAGUUAUUACCAAGAUGAUCCAACAUCACCGAUAUCUUAUUACGAGUUUGUCAUCAACCCGGACUCAUUUUCCCGGACUGUAGAAAACAUUUUCCACACGUCUUUUCUCGUCAGGGAUGGGUUGGCAAGGAUGUAUCUGGAUGAUGACAAGUUGCCCUGUAUAGCCCCUGUAGAGGAAGGAGAGGUGGAAGCUGGAGGAACACAAAGUCGUAAACAGUGCAUCGUAUCUAUCAGCCCAAAGACGUGGAAGGAACUCAUAGAUGCCUUUGACAUCAGAGACACAAUGAUUCACCCUCCAAGCACGCAGAAUGAGUGACGGAUCCUGACACUCUAUCUUAGCAGAACCCGAACAUUGUUUUUAGUUGUGUAACUGUUAUUUUUUUGUAUUUGUAAAUAAUAAGACACAUUUUGAGAAACUUGCAAAUGCCAAAUUCCCCUGUAGGUCACUCUCAUAAGCCAUAUAAUAAUGACUUAAGAUCCUUUUUACUUAAUUGCAAAUUUUAUUUUAAUAUUUACUGUUUUUUAAAAGUUUGAAUAAUAAAAGAUAAAGAAGAGAAA